GACUUCAUCAGCAGUGUCCCGCCCAUCCGCGUCACUCACAGAGCGGGUGAAGGCAGAGCGCCAGGUCUGUGCCUCUCACACGCUCCGGAGCAGAGCCGCGCGGAGGGACGUGGAGCGCCGUGACACGCUGGAGAUCCUUCUUCACUCGCAUGAUCGCAGAUCUACCGGCAGGAUCUAACGAUGUGGACCGACCUCGGGAAGCUUGUGCUGCUACAUUUGUUCCUCGUGGAGCUCAGCCACGUUAGAGGAACUGGUACUGAGCUAGAAUGUGAGACCGGACAGUUUCAGUGCAAGAACGGACGCUGCAUCCCCAGUCUGUGGAGGUGUGACGAGGAUGAUGAUUGCUCAGACAGCAGUGAUGAAGACAACUGUCCAAAGAAGACCUGUUCAACAACAGAGUUUGCGUGUAAGAAUGGACAGUGCCUUCCCUCCAGGUGGCGCUGUGAUGGAGAAGCGGAGUGUGCUGAUGGCUCUGAUGAGGCUGAAGCCAUCUGCAGCCGACAGACUUGUCCCCCUGAGAAGUUUGAUUGUGGCGGCAUCACGAGCAAAUGUGUCUCGUUGUCAUGGCGAUGUGAUGGAGAGAGAGACUGUGAAAACGGAGCAGACGAGGAGCAGUGCGCUGCGGAUGCCAAGGCCUGUCCUUCCAACGACUUCCAGUGCCGUGAUGGAAAGUGCGUGGCACCAAUCUUUGUUUGUGAUGGGGAUCAUGACUGUGAGGAUGGCAGCGAUGAGGAGAAAUGCUCAGCUCGCACUUGUGGCCAGCAAGAGUUCCGCUGCAACAACUCCGAAUGCAUCUCUGCUCUGUGGAGCUGCGAUGGCGACCCGGACUGCAAGGACAAGUCAGACGAGUCCAUGGAGCGCUGCAGUCGUAGGACAGAGCCCCAGAAACCUCACUGCCCAGUCGGAGAGUUCCAGUGCGACAGCGGCGAGUGCGUGCACAUGAACUGGAAGUGUGACGGCGACGCUGACUGCAAAGACAAAUCGGAUGAAGCAAACUGUCCCCUGCUCACGUGUCGACCGGAUGAAUUCCAGUGUGGCGAUGGCUCCUGUAUUCACGGCACCAGACAGUGUAAUAAAGUUCACGACUGCCCAGACUACAGCGAUGAGGCGGGCUGCGUCAACAUUACAAAAUGUGACGGACCAAAAAGGUUCCGCUGUAAGAACGGGGAGUGUAUCGACAGCAGCAAGGUGUGUGACAGCGUUAAAGACUGCAAGGACUGGUCUGAUGAGCCAAUGAAGGAGUGUGGCCUGAAUGAGUGUGCAGACAACAAUGGUGGCUGCUCCCACAUCUGCAGGGACCGGAGAAUCGGUUAUGAGUGUGACUGCCCCUCUGGAUACAAACUCCUGGACAAAAAGACUUGUGGAGACAUAGAUGAGUGUGAGAACCCAGACGCCUGCAGCCAGAUCUGCAUCAACUACAAAGGAGAUUAUAAGUGCGAGUGCUAUGAAGGCUAUGAGAUGGACCCUGCCUCCAAGACCUGCAAAGCUGUGGGAAAGAGUCCGUACCUGAUGUUCACCAAUCGCCAUGAAAUCCGUCGCAUCGACCUGCUGAAGAGUGAAUACACUCAGGUGGUUCCAACACUGAAGAACGCUGUGGCUCUGGACGUGGACGUGUCCACAAACAAGAUGUUCUGGUGUGACCUUUAUCAUCGUACGAUUUACAGCGCGUACAUAAACAAGGCCAGCGAUUCGUCGCAGCAGGUGACGCUGAUUGACUCUCUCCACUCCCCUGAGGGCCUGGCUGUGGACUGGGUCCAUAAGAACAUCUACUGGACAGACUCGGGCAACAAGAGCAUUUCUGUCGCUACGGGAGACGGCGGGAAGAGAAAGAUGUUGAUAGCCACUGAGCUGAGCGAGCCACGGGCCAUCGCAGUGGAUCCCCACCAAGGGUUCAUGUAUUGGUCUGACUGGGGAGAUCAGGCCAAAAUUGAGAAAGCUGGGAUGAAUGGAGUAGACAGACAAGUUUUGGUGUCUGAUCACAUCGAGUGGCCCAAUGGGAUCACCCUGGAUUUGUCCAACAGGCGUCUCUACUGGGUGGACUCCAAGCUGCACCUGCUGUCAAGUGUAGAUCUUAAUGGAGACAACCGCAAAGUGCUGCUGUCGUCCCAUCACCACCUCGGACACCCCUUCGCCCUCACCGUGUUUGAGGAUCGCGUUUAUUGGACUGACGUAGAAGACGAAGCGAUCUACAGCGCAAACCGUCUGACGGGGCAUGACGUGGCGAAGGUAGCGGAAGACCUUAACAACCCGCUGGACCUCGUUGUGUUUCAUGAACAGAGGCAGCCUAAAG